AACACAUCGCGGGAAAUAUUUGCGGAAGUCAGGAAAGUCAACUGCUGAUGGCUAACGGAAGAAGUUCACAACAUUAACAGCACGCUCAUGUUUUGUGGUGAUUUGACUCUUAUUCAGCAGUGAAGAUGAGUCGCGUGACAAGAUUGUUGAAAGCUCUUCAAAAUGAAGCCAAGAGUGGAAGUGAGAAACAGAACGAUUUGCAGUCGGUAGAAAGUCUGGACGUGUCCUCAAUAGAGAAAGCUAGCUUCCUUCAAGGAGAGGAGUAUUCAUCCCAUGGUAACCCUCUACACAGCACUGCUCUGGAAGACGAGAGCAGACCCGAACCUGACCGUCGACACAAGGCCACAGCAGGGAAACAGACAGGUGAAGGAAGAGGGAAUGAGGUCCAGGGUGUGACACAGACUCCAAACAGACCAGCCCGUGCUGCAAAAAAUCUGAAAGCACAACGGAAAAGUGAUGUGCAGGCACAGAAGAAGAGCUCCAUAUCGAGAGGGAGUCAAAAGCCACCAGAGCAGAUAGACCAUGCACCAAAAUCUCAACGUCCGCAGACCAUCUCGGAGAGCAGAAAGAACGAAGGCAAGAAAAGAGCACAGUCUAAGCGACCAAGUAGUGGAGUUUCAGCCACUGACACGUCACCUGACGCAGCUCAUGCGGAAAGCCACAGACGGCCAUCUUUGUCCUCAGAGGACUUGACUGAUGAAGAUGAAAGCUUUCACCCGAGCAUUGAGAGACAUAUGGCAUCCGGCAAGAGUCUCCUGAGGCCAGGGUCAUCGUCCAGUCAGCCACAGAGAGGUCAGAAACAGAAGAGGAAAUCAUCAUCUGGAUCCUCAGACAGUGGUAAUCCCAGUAAGAAGCAGAAACCUGGAGGUGGGAGAAAUCCAACUGAUCUUGAUGUUGUUCUUGAGGCGUUCCAGGAAUUUGUCAUGCAGUAUAAGGAGACAGUGAGCUCUGAGGUUGUUAAAAAAGCCAUAAAUGCACUUUCUCACUCAUUUGAGGAGCAGCUCACUGAGAAGAUCACUGCAGCUAAGGAGUUCAGCGGUGUAAAGCGUGAAGCUGUAAAGCUUAAUAGAGCCCUAAACCAGAAGAAGACUAGACUUUUGGAGGCCAAGAAUGAACUCAUCAAGAGUAAGGCUGAGGUGAGGAAGCUUGAGAAAGAGCACAGUGAGUUGGAGCGGAGGUGCACGGCUUUAAAACAGGGCACUACCUUUCUUAACAACCUGAAAGUGCUGAACAGGAGAUACAUGCAACAUCGCAGCACUCACACUAAUGAACCAGAAACGUAUGGACCAUCCUGCAUGCCAGCUAUGCUUCUGGAGGCCAGGAGCAUCACAGGGACAGAAAGCCAGUUAAAGAAUAUUAAUGACAAGCUGCAGCAGGUCUUAGAGGAAAAUGCUCAGAAAGAGCAUUGCAUGCAGUGAAUCACAAAUCAAGUGAAAACAAGUGAAUUUCAGAAUUUUGAAAUUGUUCUUUUUAGGAAGAGGAAUUCAGCUGUAUAAUAAUUGUGUCUUAAAAUGAAUUGAAAAAAAGAUAAUGAUAAGUUUGUCAAAUAUGCAUUAGGCUUGUUUGAUAUUGAUUUACCAUUAAAAAUUGCGAUAAACAAUUAAGUCAUCCAGAAACAAUAGCCUAUAAAUAAGACAGGAAUACAAGCAUAUCCUCCAGGUUUAAGGAGCAUAGGGGAGGGCAUAAUAAUAAUAUCAUCAUCUGUGCAGUCGGGAGCUGCUUUCCAGCAACGGUGAUCACAAAAAACUUAGCUGGCAGUGUUGGUGGACCUACAGGAAAUGGCUACAGGAAAUUCUUGAAAUGGCUGGCAGUUUGAUGAAAAAAAAAUUGUACUGGUAUUUACACUCAUUGUCCACUUUAAUAGGAGUACAUGUACUCAUUUAUUCCGUUAUCUAAUCAGCCAAUUAUGUGGCAACAGCACAAUGCAUAAAAUCAUGCAGAUACACGUUAAGAGUUACACGUUCAUGUUCACAUCAAACAUCGGAAUGGAGAAACAGUGUGAUCUCUGUGACUUUGGUCGUGGCAUGGUUAUUGCUACCAGAUGGGCAAGUUUGAGUGUUUCAGAAACUGCUGAUCUCUUGGGAUGUUCCACACAUAACAGUCUCUAGAAUUUACACAGAAUGGUGCGAAAAAACAAAAAAACAUCGAGUGAGCUACAGUUCUGUGGGUGGAAAUGCCUUGUUGAAUAGAGAGGUCAGAGGUGAAUGACCUGACUGGUCUGAGCUAGCAGGAGGUCUAUAGUAACUUAGAUACAGUAAGCACUCUUUACAACCAUGGUGAGCAGAAAUGCAUCUCAAAACACAUAACACUUCAAACCUUGAGGUGGAUGGACUACAACAGCAGAUGAUGACGUCAGGUUCCACUUCUGUCAGCCAUGAACAAGAGUCUGAGGCUAUCAUGGACAAAGGCACACCCAAACUGGACAGUUGAAGACUGUUAAAAGACCGGGUGAUUUGUUUUCUAAUGUUAAUCUGUCCAGUUUGGGUGAGUCUGUGCCCAUGAUAGCCUCUGAUUCCUGUUAUUGGCUGAUAUGAGUGGAACCCAGUGUGGUCUUCUGCUGUUCAAGGUUUGUUCAUGCUGUUUUGUGCAUGCUGAGAUGCCUUUCUGCACACCACGGUUGUAAAGAGUGAUUACAUGAGUUACUAUAUCCUUCCUGGCAGCGCGAACCAAUCUGGCCAUUCUCUUCUGACCUAUCUUAUCAACAAGGCGUUUCCGCACACAGAACUGCUGCUCACUCAGUGUUUUUUGUUUUCACACCAUUCUGUGUAAACUCUAGAGACUGUUCCGUGUGAAAAUCCCAGGAGAUCAGCAGUUUCUGAAAUUCUCAAACCAGCAACCAUGCCAUGGUUACAGUCACAGAGAUCAAACUCUUUCUUCAUUCUGAUGUUUGAUGUGAACAUUAACUGAAGCUCUUAACGUGUAUCUACAUGAUUUUAUGCAUUGUGCUGCUGCCACCUGAUUGGCUGAUUACAUAACGGCAUAAAUAAGCAGGUGUACAGGUGUAUUAAAGUGGCCAGUGAGUGUAUUUUAAUAUGUGUUUUUUUUUAACUGGGUCAUAUUGAAAUAUAGCAAUUUCCACUGCAGGGCCAAACCCAAGGUGUGGCCUACUGACACUUUAACAGAAUAAAAUGUGGUUAGUGGUUAAAACCAAAUACCAGAGUGGGUAAACCCUACUGUUUUGCAUAGAUGAUCAGUGAAUGCUGAAACCGUCUCUUGUGGAAAUUGCAGUGCAGUUUGUUUAGUUUGUUACUCAGCACACAAGCUGCAUGACAAAUCAUACGAGUUUGCUUGUUUCUUUUGAGUUGUUCAGCUGUUCUAUAAACUCAUACAGAAAGAGAAAGCCAUGUCUGUUAAUGAUUAGUGUAUGUGAUGGUUAAUACAUGUAUAUAGAUUAAUUACUAUGUUUUGUAAUGUCAUUGCCAUAAAAAACACUUUGGCCUUU